AUGGAUCAAUAUUUAUUUCAUAUUUGGAGUAAUGACAGAAAAGUCAAAAAUGUAUUCAUGUGCAAUCCAUCAAUUGAAGCUGUUAUUAACAAAGAAAAUGAAUGGUUUUCAGCAGACUCGAAAGCUAAGCUUAUACAAUCUGAUAACGUACAAACUCCAGUCAACGAUAACAUAUCCGGAAUUUUAGAAAAUACUGAAUAUAUUAUUAUAGCUGAAAACGAAAUUACUAAGCAUUCCAGUCCUGCACCCUCAUUAGAUACGACAUUAUCUAUGAGUAGCACGGCUUUAUCAUCAAAAUCUGAAACAAAUUCGCAAGUUUCACGACUUACAGCUCUUGCCAAUGUAAUUGUGGACGAAUUAAGAGCUUUUUCAUUUUACAUCCCGAUGUCAGUCUUUCGAUCAGUAGCUCAGCAAGCAGCUGAUAAAUUUCCUGACUCAAUAAUUGAGAAAGAUGAAAAUGGUAAAUUUAUAUCUAAUGAACCAUUGGCUUUGAUUACAAAAAUGAAAAAUAGGAAUAAUACUUUAAAUCGUGCACCUAAACGAAAAAUACCAGAAAUAGAUUUAAAUAUUCCUUUGAAAGCUAGACGCAUCUCAAAUGUUCUUCAAAAAACUUGUCCUAAUUGGCAACCAAAGAAACACAACUCUGAAAAUCAUACUGCAACUUCUGCACAAUUCAAGCAGAAAUUUUUGCAAGAGAUGAGUAAAUGUGAAGAAAUAACGGCUGAUAAUUGUAAGAAAAUAGAGGAAUAUAUGAAAGAAACAUAUGCUGAACAAAGACUGUACUUAAAUAAUAGAGAAUUUGGUACAACAUUAAAUACACUGAAGGAUGAGAUUCCUACAAAUACACCAUGGGCAGGCAUAGUCCAAACGGAUUUGGAGGGAGAUGCUUUAAUUUACAUUUUUAUUGAAAAGGUGCAAGUUAAUGUGUUUGAAUUCGUAAGUUCUGAUUUUAUCGGAAUGUUGGAGUUACUUGUUUGUUAUUAUUAUGUGCUUAACAUAAUAUUUCCCAAAGAAAUUUCGCAAUUUAUGGAAUUUUUUGUUAGAUACUUCCUUCAACAUUAUCCAGAUGGUGUACGAGGAAUAAAAAAAUCAAUGAACAGCUUAAAUAAAAUUAAUAGUUUAAUAGUAAAGCUUAGUUCACUUUAA